CCAAACUAUCUACCUAGUUCAGAAAAGAUUGCUGACAUAUAAUGGGAUCAGAAACUCAGCCUAAGCUUCCUGUUAUAGAUUUAUCAAAUGAAAACUUGAAGCCUGGAACAGAGGCAUGGGUCUUGGCAAGCAAGCACGUCAAGUACGCACUAGAGGAGUAUGGCUGCUUUGAAGCUGUUUUCCAUAAAGUUCCUCUGCAACUCCACAACUCCAUCUUUUCUGUGGUUGAAGAUCUAUUUGAUCUUCCCAUAGAAACUAAAAGGCAGCAAACCAGUGAGAGGCCUUACCACAGCUACUUUGGCCAAUAUUCAUUCCUUCCUCUCUAUGAAUCCUUGGGAGUCGAUAAUCCAACAACUGUUGAAGGAGCUCAAGGCUUCACAAAAAUUAUGUGGCCUGCUGGAAAUGACCAUUUUUGUGAAAGUGCUCAAUCCUUCUCAAAGCUGGUGGCAGAGUUGGAUCAAAUGGUGACAAGAAUGGUGUUUGAUAUUUAUGGUGUGGAGAGGCUUUAUGAUUCUCACAUGGCAUCAACCACUUACCUUUUUAGAUGCUUUAAAUAUAGAGAACAGAAGGAGAAUGAAACCAAUGUGGGGCUGCGUCCUCACAAAGACAAGACCUUCACAUCCAUACUUCAUCAAAGUCAGGUGCAUGGUUUGCAGGUUAGAUCAAAGGAUUGUCAGUGGAUCGAUGCGGAGCCUUCACCUUCAUCUUUUCUAGUCAUGGCAGGCGAUGCAUUCAUGGCAUGGAGCAAUGACAGAGUACGCUCUUGUGACCACCAAGUCAUCAUGAAAGAGAACAAAACCAGAUAUUCCCUGGGACUAUUCUCUUUCAACAGUGGGAUUCUAGAAGUACCUGAAGAGCUAACAGAUGAUCAACAUCCCUUGCUGUAUAAGCCAUUUGAUCAUUUCGGUUUCCUUCGUUUCGAUCAAACACCAGAGGCAAAGAAAUCAGAGUGUCCUAUCAAAGCCUACUGUGGUGUUUGAGAUCUCUUUUGAUUAUGAGGGACCACUGUUAUCUUACUAUUGCAUAAUAACUCCAUUUGGAAUGCUACCUAGCAUAAUCCUUAUGUAUAUCAAAGUAUGUGUGGGUUUCCUGCUACGUCUCUAGUGCAUGUAAUGUUGUUCUGUGAAGGUUGUGAAUCUUAGUUUCUUUCUU